GUUGUCAAGGAGCUGGGCGGCCAUUCAAUUGAGCGCAAGAUGACUGCAGGGGGCAAGGUCAUUCACGAGAUCAUCGGCGCAGAUGCAACGGCGAUGACUGUCAUCUUCCGCAUGCACCAGUCCCAUCCCAUUCUCAGUGGCUUCGUGACGAACACUGUCUUGCCCCACGAAGGUGAGGUGGGAGGUGGAGCAACUGAGGGCGACAAGGAGCCAGAGAGCUGCGUGAUUGACUACACCAUGUGUUGGGAAGCCAAGCCAGGUGCACCUGAAGAUGCUGUGAAGCAGAUGCAAGACAUGCUGCCAAAGAGCUGUGUCAACGCAGUCACGCACGCCAAGGAGCUCAUGGAGAAAGCGGCCAAGGGCGAACCUGAGUGA